CCGACAUCCUGCGGCCCUCAUAGAAGGAGAUGCCAAAAGGGAAGGUCCAUCUGUAAAGGACAUUAUGGGAUCUAAGCCAGUCGGGUGCAGCACCAGUUUGGAGAACCAUUUCAUUACCAGGAAAAGGGUCCUUUUAAACGUGUAAAUAUGCCAGAUGCUGCUGGUCACUUGCCUUUCUAUUAUGGCAGCAUUUCUCGAGCUGAUGCUGAAGAGUUUCUCAAGUUGGCAGGAAUGAUGGAUGGCCUUUUCUUACUAAGGCAGUGCCUGCGAACUCUUGGUGGUUAUGUUCUCUCGGUGGUAUUCAACCUUCAGUUUUACCACUACCCUGUAGAGAGGCAACUAAAUGGCACGUAUGCUAUAUAUGGAGGAAAACCUCACUGUGGCCCAGCAGAACUUUGUGAGUAUUACUCUAAAGAUGAAGAUGGGUUAUGUUGUGUUCUUCGUCGACCCUGCAAUCGGCCAAAUGGAGUGGAAUGCCAGCCUGGAGUAUUUGAUCAUAUCAGAGAUAAUAUGAUGAGAGAAUAUGUCAGGCAGACAUGGAAACUAGAGGGAGAUGCUUUGGAACAAGCGAUCAUUAGCCAAGCUCCGCAGGUAGAGAAACUCAUUGCUACAACUGCUCAUGAAAAAAUGGCAUGGUACCAUGGGAACACCAGCAGAGAAGAAGCUGAGCGAAAAUUAUACUCUGGAGCACAGCCAGAUGGAAAAUUUCUGAUAAGGGAGAGAAAAGAACCUGGUACCUUUGCCCUGUCAAUAGUUUAUGGAAAGACCAUAUAUCAUUAUAAAAUUGAUCUUGACAAGUCUGGGAAGUAUUCAAUCCCUGAAGGCACUAAGUUUGAUACGUUGUGGCAGCUUGUGGAGUACUUAAAACUCAAAUCGGAUGGAGUUGUUACAGUUCUAAAGGAGGGCUGUCCAAAUGGCAACACAGUUCCUGGAUUGUGUGCCAUUCCACCAUCACUUCCAAAACAUAGACAACCAUCAGCUAAUUUUGACGGAUACAGCCCUGAGCCUUUCCUUGCAGGUAUGAAACCUAGGAUUUUACCCAUGGAUACCAGUGUAUAUGACAGUCCCUACAGUGACCCAGAAGAACUGAAGGAACGCAAGGUCUUCUUAAAAAGAGAACUUCUUCUGAUAGAUGAAGUAGAAUUGGGCUCAGGAAAUUUUGGCUGUGUUAAAAAGGGGGUUUACAAGAUGAAAAAACGUCAAAUUGAUGUGGCCAUUAAGAUUUUGAAGAUACAAAAUGACAAUGAUAAGUCUGUGAAAGAUGAGAUGAUGAAGGAAGCAGAAAUCAUGCAUCAACUAGACAAUCCGUACAUUGUUAGAAUGAUUGGGGUGUGUAAGGCAGAAAGCCUCAUGCUGGUCAUGGAAAUGGCAUCUGGAGGACCGCUGAACAAAUUCCUUUUAGCAAAAAAGGAUGAGGUUCCAGUCAAUAACGUAGUUGAACUAAUGCACCAAGUGUCGUUGGGAAUGAAAUAUCUUGAAGAACACAAUUUUGUACACCGUGAUUUGGCUGCUCGCAACGUCCUUUUGGUGAACCAGCAUUAUGCAAAGAUCAGUGACUUUGGGCUCUCUAAAGCACUUGGAGCAGAUGAAAGUUAUUAUACGGCUCGACAAGGUGGGAAAUGGCCUUUGAAAUGGUAUGCCCCAGAAUGCAUAAACUUUCGCAAGUUUUCCAGCCGAAGUGAUGUAUGGAGCUAUGGUGUCACCAUGUGGGAAGCAUUCAGCUAUGGACAGAAACCCUACAAGAAACUCAAAGGUACAGAAGUUCUGAGUUUUAUUGAGAGAAAUGAGCGUUUGUUAUGUCCUACAAACUGUCCUACAGAAAUGUAUCAACUUAUGUUGGAUUGCUGGACCAUCAAGAUGGAGGACCGACCUGAUUUUGAGAAUGUGGAGUCCCGUAUGAGAAUUUACUAUUACAGUGUAGCUAACAAGGCUGAAGAGGCAGCUACAGCUGAGAUCAAAUAAAAGAAGACAUAAUGAAAAAAGAUGUGAUUCUUUAUGUUUGAAACAUAAUAUUAUAGUCUACUUUUGCUUUAUUUAAUUUUAAACAUCAUAAAUACAAUAAUCAGAU